GGAUAAAUAACAGCAUACCCACUGUAUAUUUUAACAAUAUUUUUUUAUUACCAUUCUUCGAUACCAUUCUUCUUUGGUGAUACUUACUAUAGAGAUAGAGAAAUGAGACGUCGACGUCAAACGGCCCAAAGGAACCGCAAGGAAUCCAUAGGGGAUUUACAGAAUUUCUGUAUAUAUCGUUUUAACCGUUAAACGGUCUUUGGUGUCGUCAGUCUGAGUUGAAAUUUUCCGGUGAAACAUAUCAAUUCACCUACAUAUUUCAAAAUGAAUCGUGGAAAGAGAAUAGCGGCUUUAGCAUUACAACCAAAAGUUGUUAAUAUUGAAUCAGAAUCAUUUGAAUUUUAUGAAGAUAGUUCAGUACAGGAAACAUCGCAAUCGAAGGAAAAAAAUGGUUUGGAUUAUUACCACUUUCCUGAAAAUGUUCAAGAUCUGUCUGGUACCACUUACAUAUCACCUUCAAAUAAAUCAGAAGCAAUCUACUCGGCACUCUGUAGAGAUAAAAAAUUAACAAAGAAAUUUAUAGACUUACCUCAAUGUGAAACAGAUGCUGAAUUAACAGAAUGCAAACUAACAGAAUUUCAGUUAGAAUCGUUACCUCAAGUCUCACUACCUAACAAAAUUUUCAAUUAUCUUGAGAAUGUUAAGAAGGAAUAUCCCGUUGAUGAAGAUAUUGAUUUAAGUCAUGGCCCUGAAGAAUCAUCAGGAAGUGAAUAUAUACUUUCCAAUGCUUCCUCUAGCACAGAUUCAUCGGUUCUAACCAAUUCAAACACAGAAACACCAAACCUUGUUAAAAAAUCAUCAACGAAGAAUAAGCUUACUGUUUCUAAGUAUUGUAACAAUGUAAAUGAUACACUAGUAGAAAUUAAAUAUCCAGAAUACAAGGUGCUUUGUAUUUUUUGUUAUACGGAAGUGGGUCAUUUUACACGUCAUUUAAUGCGACAACAUCUAGAUGAACCAGAUAUUCAAAAAAUAAUGGCAAUGCCGGCAAAAAGUGCAGAGAGAAGAAAGGCUUUCGCAGCUUUAAGGAAAAAAGGUCGAUUUUUUUUAGCCCAACAAACCAACCAUAUUAAUCCGAUUCAAUUGCCUCGGAAUAUAUGUAGUCAAAAUAAAAUGGAGGAUAUGGAAUCCAAUUAUUUUCCUUGUAAUUAUUGCUUAGGAUUUUAUUCCAAAAGUUACUUGUGGAAACAUAAGAAAAUGUGCAAUUCAAAUAUAGAUAAUAUUCCUACGAAAUCGAGGUAUCACUUAUCAGAAUCUCAGACCUUUUUGGCUGCAACAGGUUUACUGGGAAAUUAUUUGAAUAAGAGUCGCCUUAAAAAAGAGGUUCUCAACAUAAUGCGGCCAGAUGCAGUAAGCAAUACUGUUAAGAAAGAUGCACUGAUAUGUCUUUAUGGUGAGUCACUGCUCAACAAGCAUAAACGAAUUCAGAUUAAUGUUCACGUCUCAAACAAAAUGAGGGAAAUGGCUAAACUAAAAAUUUCCUUGGAAAAGAUGAUUUCAUUUGAAAACCUUAUUUUUAUUCUGAAGCCGCAAUAUUAUGAUAAGGUAUUGACUAGUGUCAAAAUUAUUAGUGGUUAUGAUGCCGAGAAGAAAAUAUUUAAGGCCCCUUCGUUGGCUCUCCACAUGGGGACAAAUUUACAACAAUUAUGUAAUAUAGCCAAAAAAGCCCUUAUUACUAAAAAUCCAUUAAUUGGAUCUUUUGAAGUUAAAAAAAGAAAAGAAAUAUGUAGAGAUAUAGAAGAAUUUUGUGACAUUAUUAAAAAUCAUUGGUGUAAUGACAUUUCGAGCAUCGCAAAUAAAAUUUUAAAUGAGAAUAAAAAUAUCAAACCAAAAAUAAUUCCACUAACUCAAGAUGUAAAAAUGUUUAAUGAAUAUGUUAUAAAAUUAGCUAGAGAAGCUUAUCACAAAUUAAUUACUAACGAAAAUCUAAAAAAGGAUAGGUGA